AUGAACAGUUUAACAACAUAACAAAUAAUAUCCCAUUGUCCACUUUUGAGUUAUUAAGAUUUAAGCCCUAGACUUAAAGGUCCCUUUUAUUAUUAAAGUCUACAUAUUCAAUCAAAAAAAUUACUUUCACCAUUAGGGAAUUUAAAGAAAAGUAUGAAUCCAAGUUAUGUGAUUCAUCUUAAACCCUUAUUAAUUCCUGAUUUAAUGGGAAAGAGUUAAAUACAAUCAUAGAAAAUAAAAUGCUCUGUAAUUUAAAGGUGUCCUAGAUCUUAAAGUUCAAAUGAAUAGGAAAAUGGGAUUUAUGGAAGUAAAUGGAAAAGGCUGAUUUCUAAAGGAAAGUUUUGUGUGAAACAAAUUCAUCAUUAAAAAAUUAUUUAUAGAUUCAAGAUAUAUGUAAGAGCAGUUUAACUUAUGUUAACUUAUUUUAAAUUUAAAAAAGCUAGAUAAUCAAAUAUGAAAAGUAGUAAAAGAUUAUCCAAGGCAAGAAUCUCUAUAAUUAAUAUAAGAAAAUAAUCUGGACAGUCAACAUUGAUUCCUCUCCUUCAGCAAUAUCAAGCAGAACUUUUAUAAAUGCAAAAUCAUAUAAUGAAUGAAUCUACAUCAGAUGUACUUAGUCCUUAAUCUCUUUAUUAAAAAAGAAAAUAAAAAACUUUUUCUCAAAUAAGUUUUGAUCAUUUUCUUAAACGGCCUAUUUAAUAGUUCAUAAAAAAUAAAAAUCUUUCUUCAUUUUCAGAUCAUAAAUCCACUUAACCUACUAAAAGAACUUGCAAGACUGAAUAGACAUAAAAAAGAUUUGCAAGUAUUAGAUAAUUGCAUCGUAAACUUCAGAUGAGCUAAGCUUAUUCAGCUUAGUAAUGA